AGUGAAGUAAGACUCUUUUUUCCUCUCUUGUUUUAGGUUGGCGGUGUUCUGUUCGUGUGGUUGUUGAAGGCCUUAGUUUUUCCUAUUGAUGUUUAAGUGUAGCGGAGAUAGUAGCCCUUUGAUUCCUUGGAAUCCAUGUAGUUGGAAUCUGUUGUUGUAUAUGGCGCAAAAUUCUGACUUUUUCUUACCUUCAUGGUACACAAUCUUCUGCAUCGUUACAAGAAAGAUGUUUUAUUUGAUUGUGAUGCGCUUCUGAGUUCUGAUCAGGGCAUUCAGAUUUCUUUUUAGGAUUAGAGGAUAUAACAUGAUUAGCUAAGCGCUUUUUAUGUUAAAACAUACCCUGCUCCUGUUUGUUUUUGCUGCACUUCAUCAACAAAACAAAAAAACUACAAUGCAUAAUAUAGGUGUGUUCUUGAGGUGGUAAAAAAUUAAGUAGCAAUUGAAAUCUGUUUUCGUGGCUACCGCUUGUCUUUGUUUCUGUACAUUCACUGGAUAAGUUUUUGUGUUAUUUGCUUUCUGCGCCAACAAAGUAAAAGGUAGUGGCAGGAACAGGUUUGCAGCUUCGAUCAUACCGAAGUUUUCGUAACCCUUUGACAAGAAUUUCUAGCCAAGGUCUAUGGUAAAGACGUAAAUGGCUUUGUAGAGACUCUUCUUUUGUAGUCGCUGUAGGCAUUCUUACAAAUGUUGGAGUUUUCACUUACCUGUAAGCUGUAACGAGAGUCUGCAAGAAGAUGCCAUAGCUAUUCAACCAAUGCACAGGUUGAUAGUCGUCGGAAAAUCAAAGCCAUGCCAACAAUACCAGAGUGUUGGUCAACGGUCAACGUGUACAUGGAGAUCUCCGUCUUUGUUGGAGAAGAUGAGAUCUAUAUGUUGUUGGAUCCGACAGCUGCAUUUCUCAACAAUGGCAAUCGUUUCUUCAAUCAUGCCCACUUCAGUGGAUCCUUCUUCCUCAGGAGUCUGUGUUUUUCACAAUACGUCGAAGAUCUUUGGUAACAAUGCAAAUCAGUUGCCGACCUAUCUUAGACUUUCUACCUCGUCAAGAAGACAUGCCAAGUUGAGGCUAGCGGCUUCGAUUUCAAAGGGGCCACUUAAGCUUACGCGCGAAGAAAAACACCAGGAUCAUGUGGCUUCACCAGAGAAAGGACACGACGUCUUUGAAGAAAUCAAGCAUCGGUUCCUGACCUUUAAGAAAGACAAAUACAUGGGUAAUUUGGAGAGGUUUCAGAGUCUAGCCAAGAGCCAAUCCCCAAAGUUUAUGGUGAUAGCUUGUGCAGAUUCAAGGGUUUGCCCUUCAGAAAUAUUGGGGUUCCAACCAGGAGAAGCAUUUACCGUUCGUAACAUUGCAAAUAUUGUACCCACUUACGAGAGUGGUCCAUCCGAAACGAAGGCCGCACUGGAAUUUGCUGUAAAUUCUCUCCAAGUGGAGAACAUUCUUGUGGUCGGGCAUAGUCGAUGUGGAGGCAUCCGUGCAUUAAUGACCAUGGAUGAUGAUGAAACAGAAGAAGACAUAGACUCGAGGAGCUUCAUCAAAAACUGGGUGGUUAUUGGGAAACCCGCAAGAUCAAUCUCGAAAUCAGCUGCUUCAGAACUCAGCUUUGACCAACAAUGUCAGCAUUGUGAAAAGGAAUCUGUGAGCUGCUCGCUGCAGAAUCUAUUGUCGUAUCCAUGGAUAGAAGAGAGAGUGAAUAAGGGGACUUUAACAAUCCAUGGUGGUUACUACGAUUUCACUGAGUGCACGUUCGAGAAAUGGACGGUGGAUUAUAAGGAAAGAAGCUGCGUCGAGAGGACACUCGCGGUUAAGGAUCGGUCCAUCUGGAGUUGAACGAAUUUGGUUUGUUGGAGACAGGACUGAUCAGAGUAAAGAUUGAGUUUGGUUCGGUUUGAGUUUUAAAAUUUCUGUUGGUUUGGUUCGAUUCCAUUGUUAUAUGCUCAUACUUGUUUUUGUUUUCUACGGUUUGUACCUCACUUUGCUAAGCUCGCUGCGCUGAACCAAAAAAUUAAUUGAAUAACUUUUGUUAGAUCAUAUGAACCUUUUUCAAAUAUAUA